UAAUGCUGCUGAUGUCUUUAUUUUCAACCAUUAGCUACAUAGUUCUUACUUAUAUGAGCUUUUCUCGAAUAUCAUGGAGAUCUGAGUUUGGAUUGACAUCUGUUGUAUCUGUUGUAACUUUUGUGCUAUUACUAUUGCUUCCAAGAACAAAUUAUAAUUUGAAAAAUGGACAACAAACUGCAAAUCUCACACCUUCGAAAUAUAGCUCUAACACCAUACAAACAAUUAUUCUUGGAAUUUCAUUAGUUGUUUUAUGUGAAAUGAUGGGCCAUGCUACUGUAAGAUACUAUUCGACCAUAAUAUUGGGGAUGUUUGGGGUGUGCUCAAAAUAUCAACAGAAUAUGGCAGUGAUAAUAUUAAAUCACUUGAGGGCUGUAACAACUGCAAUUUUAAUGUUCACGAUAGAUAAAAUAGGUAGACGUUCUUCUUUAAUACUUGGGACAGCAAUAAUGGCCAUCACUUUGCCAUUACUAGGCAUUUUAUCAUUUAAUGACUCAUAUGACAACUCAUUAAAUUUACAAGAAUUCAGGGAAAAUUCUUGGAUGAAUGAAAAUACAUUACAAAAUUGCCAUAGAGUACUUAUUGGUAUGGACAUGAGCUAUGUAAUUGAGCCUGAAUUUAUUACACAUAAACAGAAAAAGUUAACUCAUUUGUCAUUAAUGGAAGAUAAAACUCCUUAUCCAUUUUUGCCGACUCCACUUGCAAUGACGGCUGAAACUCAAACAGCUAACACUAUCGACUUUUUGUUUGAUUGCAAUCAUAAUAAUGGUCCAUGGUCGGAUGAUUCUGUGCCAUCUAAAGCAGCUAAAUUAAUAUUAAUAUUCUUAUAUGAAUCUGGAAAUAUACAUUUUCAAUAUCCGGAAUAUUUUUCCUUCAUUGUGUAG